AGGAAAUGGCGUAUAAAUUAUCCGGAAGUAGUGCGGAAUGAACUCGAACUAGCGUAUAAUGACCCGGAAGCACAGUACCGCCAACCCCGGAAGUUUCGUGUUGCUCCGGUGCCAUUUUGCGUCUCCAUGGGCUCUUCGAAGAAGCACCGGGAGCGGGGGGAGACCGGGAGCCCCGGGGGCUCCGAGGAGCAGCAACAGCCGCCGCCGCCGCCCACCGCCCCCUCUUCCUCCUCCCGGCACCGGGAGCACAAGAAGCACAAGCACCGGAGCGGCGGGUCCGGCGAGCGGCGAGGGAAGCGCAGCCGGAGCCGCGGGGAGAGGAGCAGCCGGAGGAGUGGGGGAGAGGAGGCGGCCGCGGCGGCCCGGGGCAGUCAUGGCCGGGCUGGGGACAGGGGCGCCCAGGAGGCCGAGGGGACCAGGCGGAUCAAGCGGGAGAAGCGCGACGAUGGAUACGAGGCAGCUGCCAGCUCAAAGGCCAGCUCAGGGGAUGCUUCUCUCAGCAUUGAAGAGACCAAUAAACUCCGAGCUAAACUUGGGCUGAAGCCUUUGGAAGUCAAUGCCAUCAAAAAGGAAGUGGGCAGCAAGGAGGACCCUGUGGCAGCUGAGGUGAUCAACCCCAUUGUGCUGAAGCAGAGGGAGGAGAUCCGGGAGAAGCUAGCAGCUGCUAAGGAGAAGCGGCUUCUCAACCAGAAAUUAGGGAAAAUCAAGUCUCUGGGAGAGGAUGACCCCUGGCUGGAUGACACAGCUGCCUGGAUCGAGAGGAGCCGGAAGCUGCAGGUUGAGAAGGAGCUGGCUGAGAAGAGGGCCAAACUCCUUGAAGAGAUGGACCAGGAAUUCGGCAUCAGCAGUCUUGUUGAAGAGGAAUUUGGGCAGAAGAAGAAGGAUCACUACAGCUCCCGGGAUCUGCAGGGCCUGACAGUAGAACACACCAUCGAUUCCUUCGAGGAAGGAAAGACCGUUAUUUUGACCCUCAAAGACAAAGGCGUCCUGCAGGAGGAGGACGAUGUCCUGGUGAACGUCAAUAUAGUGGACAAGGAGAAAGCUAAGAAGAAUGUGGAGCUGCGGAAGAAAAAGCCAGAGUACAGGCCCUACGAGGAGGAGGAGAGCGUGGAUGACAUGGCCAUUUACAAGCACAAGAAUGUCCUGUCCAAGUAUGAUGAGGAGAUCGAAGGGGAGAAGAAGAAAUCCUUCAAGCUGGACUCGGGUGGCAUGGCAGAUGGCUCAUGGGAGCGGGAGCUGCAGCUGGUCCGCGAUAGUCUGCGCAGCCAGGCCCAGAGCCUAGACAUGCCCGUCCUGCACCUGGCCUCCGAGUACUUCACCCCAGAGGAGAUGAACAUCACCUUCAAGAAGACCAAACGGCGGGUGAAGAAACUGCGAAAGAAGGAGAAGCCAGUGAAAGCUGAUGAUUUGCUGCCCCUGGGCAAUGAGACAAAGCAGAGCGACUUUGGCUCCCGGUUACGGGGCCGAGGGAGGAGGGCUCACAGGAAGAAGGAGGAGGAGGAAGAGGAGGAAGGGGACAUGGAACAAAAUGUGAACCAGCCUGCAGACCUGUCAUCCCAGUCAGAUGACACCCGGGUAGAGAACAUGGAAAUCAGCAGCGAUGAGGAGGCUGAGAAGGUGCCCAAAUCCCCAGUUGCCCUGGAGGAGGACGAGGCAGAGCAGGAGCUGCAGAAGCAGCUGGAGAAGGGCCGUAAACUCCGGCAGAUGCAGCAACUGAAGGAGAGUGGGGAGAAGGUCAUUGAGAUCGUCAAGAAACUGGAGACGCGCCGUAGCCGGGAGGAUGACGAGGAGCUAGAGAGGAAAGGAGCGAUAGUCUUCAAUGCCACCUCGGAGUUCUGCCGCACACUGGGCGAGAUCCCCACUUACGGGCUGGCUGGCAACCGUGAGGACCAGGAGGAGCUCAUGGACUUUGAACGGGAUGAUGAGAGGUCAGGAAAUGGAGGCUCAGACUCCGAUGGCGAAGAGAACAUCGGCUGGAGCACGGUCAACCUAGACGAGGAGAAACAGCAGCAGGAUUUCUCAGCAUCCUCCACCACCAUCCUGGAUGAGGAGCCCAUAGUGAACCGGGGCCUAGCUGCUGCCCUCUUGCUUUGCCAGAACAAAGGCCUGCUGGAGACGACAGUGCAGAAGGUGGCCAGGGUGAAGGCCCCCAACAAGUCGCUGCCCUCAGCUGUAUACUGCAUUGAGGAUAAGAUGGCCAUUGAUGACAAGUACAGCCGGCGGGAGGAGUACCGGGGCUUCACCCAGGACUUCAAGGAGAAGGAUGGCUACAAGCCUGAUGUCAAGAUUGAAUACGUGGACGAGACGGGUCGCAAGCUGACUCCAAAGGAGGCCUUCCGGCAGCUCUCUCACCGCUUCCAUGGGAAGGGUUCCGGGAAGAUGAAGACAGAGAGGAGGAUGAAGAAGCUGGAUGAGGAGGCGCUGCUGAAGAAAAUGAGUUCCAGCGACACACCCCUGGGCACGGUGGCGCUGCUGCAGGAGAAGCAGAAGGCCCAGAAAACACCUUACAUUGUGCUGAGUGGCAGCGGCAAGAGCAUGAACGCAAACACCAUCACCAAGUGAGCUGCCAGCACUGAUCCUGGAAGCAGAUGCUGCCCGCCUGUCAGUUCCCAUCUGGUUUGACCAUGUGCAUCCUGGGUUCUAAGGGGGAAGUCUCUACUCUCUUGGGGGGAAGAGUCCAAUCCUGCCCCACCCUCACCAUGUAGCUACAAGUUGUGAAGUGAAGGGGGGAGGACCUCCCAUGGUAGUGCUCCCUCUAGUGGCUUCCACCUGUCAGCAUCUGCUGGGGUGGUGUCACUCUGCCCUAUGCCACAGAGGGGACUCCUGCCUGUGCCCAAGUAAGAUGCUGGGAUGCAGUUUGUUAAACUCUCCCUUCAGCUCUUGCUGUCUUGGAUGCAAAACAGGCUGACCUGCCCUUGCCCCCACAGGCAGGGGUAGGGCUAGGGCUGUGUAUAUAGUUGAGAAGCUGUGAGUCUUGGCACCAAAACCUUGUUUUUGUAUUGAUGUCAAACCAAAUCACUCAUUAAAAGCACCAAUUCCUGUCUGGGA